AUGGGGCUUGUGAAAAAAAGGAAAACUACAAAUUCAACGGCCGAGCAACAAAAUUCGCAGGGGUCAGCGCAACCUGCAUCUCGCGAUACGCGUCCCGUCGACAUUUCGCAAAAAGAAGAAACGGAAAUUCUGCAGUCCGCAAAAGAUUUUGCGAAAAAAUGCAAAGAAAAUUUUGAAGACGGAACGUUAAAUUGGUUAAUUGGGUUUAACUGUUUGUCAUUACUUCUCUACAUCUUCCACAUUUUGACCAACAUUUGUUCGCUUUAUCACUUUCACACCAAAGGAGACAGUUGGUAUUUCCGGUGCACCUUGGCAUUUUGGUUAAUCUCUGCAGGUAGUGCGACUCUAAGAAGUUUUUGGUUUUACAAUCCCGGUUGGCCGAAGAAAAAAAAUGAAGACAUAUUUGACCCCAGAGAUCAUUUGCCAGAAGAGGAAUCUAAUUUCAGCUUUACAAUGAAGUGGUUUUUGGGUUUAUUCUGUCCUAUUCCGAGGUAUUGGGAUGCCAUUAAAUACGCUUGGAAAGCAAAACAAGCCAAGAAAACGGACGACGAGGCGCACAACAUGUAUUUCCUCGCAAUGAUUUGGGAAGAUGCCGAGUUACUACAACUGCGCCAAUUUGACAGUUUCAUGGAAUCAGCACCUCAAUUAUUGCUCGGCCUGUACAUCGCCAUCAAACAAAAAUCCCUUAUUGGAUAUUCAUCGAUAUUGAAAAUCGUCACUAUCGGCAGCUUGUCGUGGGCAUUACUCUCGUACGAUAACAAAAUCUGCUUAAUGAAUGGAAAACGUGAUGAUGCGGACCAACCGAGCCGAGCAAAUGUCAUCAGAAUUGACUUCACGAAUGAAUCAGAGAAAAAUAAUGUCAUUAAUUGCAUCAAAAACAUCAACUGGAAAGAGAGCGCUCUCUCAUUUUUCGCUCAUUUCUCUUGGAUAGUGGCCCGAUUCAUGGUUUUGAGUUUGUUCGCGACUGUUCACGGUUGGGUUAUUUGGAUGGCCUGCUUUUCUCACAUCAUCCUAAUUGUAAUUUGGCACAGGGGGGAAAACUACUAUUUCAUGGACUCGCUGAGAUUGUCAUUUCUCCACGUUUUCGCUUACUUGUACCCACUCGAAAAGGAGUCUGAUCAAAAGAAACACCCCCGUUUCUCACCUUUGAUGUAUCUGACUGCCUGCGUCUGCGAGAAUCUGUUUCUCAUGUUACAGUGGAGCCAAAGUUUCAACGAAGACAAGGGAAUCAAUCUUAAAAUCUCAUCCAUCUUAUACUUCCCUUGGAGUGAUUGGAAAUUCUUCCUCCCCUGGAUCGGACAUAUUUUGAUGUUUAUUUUAAGUUAUAUUUUGUUUCGGUUGCUUGACAAACAUCGAAAGCCUUUAUCCCCUGUCACUCCUGUCAGUUCUAUCCCUAUUUAGUCGUUCUUUGGCCGCACUAAGAGAAAUAGUUUUAAACCCCUUGUUAGAAGAUAACAAUAAAUAUCGCCCGUGUUAGUUCGAUUAAUUUCCCCUUCCAAUUAUGCAUCACUUAUACUCUGUCUAAGUAGUACUAUUAAUACACGGUCUUCAUCAAUUU